AUGUGUCGCGAUUCUGUGAUUCCCAAAAGUUUCAGGCUCCGGAACUGCAUCUGCUUAGUGGUCAGGCUUCUUGCGGAAGCCACAGCCAACUGUCAGCAUUGCCUUGCCUCCCGUGGGGCGACAGAGCUUGGUGGCGCAGCCGUUGCACUGCACCUCCGAUGUGGCGUGGCUGUACACGACCGUCACAGCAUUGCAGCCAGGGCACUUCACGUCCAUAAAGUAGGCGUUAGGGCCCUGCACCAAGCGGCGGCGCUUGUGCUUCAUGCGCUCGGAGCGCACCGUCGGGUAGCUGAGAUCAGAGUCGAAGAAUCCCAUUGCUUCUUCGUCACCUCACCACACACCUUAAUAUUCCUUCGCAAAGAACGACGAAGGUACUAG